AUGUCUCAGAGUCCUUCCUCAAAGAAAUCUUCUCCUAUCUCUGAAACAGCAUCAGGUUCUAGGGCACCAAAUGCUGUGAGCGAUCAAGAUGUUGUGCUGGAUGUCGUGCCAUUGAACUCUGUCCCUCCUUCCGAUUCUGCUCGCAGUCAUCCAAGAAAGAUGCAUGCAAGAAAAUCAACUGGAGGAUCUGUCCCAGAAACUUUUUCUGUCCAGGGUAGAGAGGGCUCAUCCUAUGUUCAUAAUGCAAUUGCAAAUAUUGUCACCAGAAUCUUGAAUGAAGGACACAAGGUUGAAGGAAUUUCUGUUCCUCUAGCCCAAAUGCCCGCUUCCGAUGAUGAUCAAGGUGAGCAUGAUGAUGUAAGCAAAGAUCAGGAUAAUGAUGAGACUCCUGUUGCUAAUGAUGUUAGGACAUCUGUUGAUAAUGAUGAGACUCAUGUUGCUAAAGAUGUUAAGACAUCUGUUGAUAAUGAUAAGACCCCUGUUGCCAAAGAUGUUGAAACAUCCGAGGCUGUCAAUGCUGAAGAAGUUCCUGAACCUGAGAAAGAUGAAGAGGUUCCUGCUAUUCCUGCUAAGAAAGAUGAAAACCCUAAUGUGGUCAAGGCUCGUAAGGGAAAACAAGUUUGUGAACAACAGUCUCUCAAGCCACAGGUUACUCCUCUGAAGACUGUCACUAAAGAAAAGAUGAAGAAAGUUCCUACUGGACCCUCAGAGUCUGGAAACAAAUGGAAAUUUGUGUAUCAAAGAAGGUUGGCUCUAGAAAGAGAGUUAGCAAAUGAUGCUCUGGAGAUUCAAGAGGUAAUGCAGCUCAUCAAAACUGCAGGUAGAAAUGCUGAAGCUCAACCUGAGCUUGAAGUGACUGAUAAUGAGGUCUGCAAGGUAAUCACUGGUGGUACGGUUAAGAAGUGGCCCAUUAAGAGCAAACUGUCUGCUAGUUCUCUUAAUGUCAGGUAUGCGUUGCUGCACAAGAUUGGUGCUGCUAACUGGGUGCCUACAAAUCACACUUCCACUAUUGCUGUUGGCCUAGGAAGAUUCAUAUAUGUUGUGGGAACCAAGACAAAAUUUGACUAUGGCACUUACAUAUUUGAUCAAACCAUGAGGCAUGCUGGUACCUCUGCUACCAAGCUUCCCAUUGCUUUCCCAUCUCUGAUAUGUGGAAUCAUCCUCAAGCAACACCCCGGAAUUCUGAAAAGUAAAGAUACUGUAUGUAAGAGGGAGACUGCUUUGUCCUUUCACUACAAGCUGCUGCAGAGAUCUGAUGACAAGACAUCUGCUGGGACAUCUCAACCCAGCAAAUCUGUGACCAAAGCUCUUCUUAUUGCUGAGCUAAAAGAGACGUGUCAAGAGUUGGACAACAGGAAGCUGAAACUUGAAAAUCUCAUCCACAGUCUUGAGCAGUCUACAGAUGAUGAUCUUGUUGGUGACAAGGGUGGUGACAAUAUGGAUGAAGACCAAGAGGCUGAGGCAGAAGCUAAGGAUGCUGAGGCUGAGAGUGCUGGGAGUGAGAGUAGUGAUGCUGUUGAAUGGACUAGUAGCUCCAGUGAUGACAAUCCUGGUGGUUCAAGUGAUACAGAUAGUGAUGGGGCUGAUGAUUAG